AGAAUGACUUCGACCAUUCUUCUGUGAGGCAAAACUUCAGAACCAAUGCAGGAUCACAGAAAUGCAAAACCUUAACUGAUGGAUGAUGUAAAAGUGUCCUGAAGAGUUUCAGAGAUGGAGGAGAAGGAGGUGAACGGUUUGGAACUCAUCCAGGAGGCAAAUGCCUCCGACUGGGGUCACAUCACCCUCUUGGACAAGACCAAAGAGUUCUUCCAGACCUGUGACACGGAGGGCAAAGGCUUCAUCACCCGGACUGAUAUGCGGAGGCUCCACAGAGAGCUGCCUCUGUCUGCACAGGAGCUGGAAGAAGUGUUCGACUCUCUGGAUACGGAUCACGCCGGCUACCUCACGCUGGAGACCUUCUCCUCUGGAUUCAGUCAUUUUCUGCAUGGUCGGAGGAUUUCACUGUCUGAUGAACCAAGUCCAGUUUGUGGACCAGAAUUUAGGACCAAGGCAUCCCUUUAUCAGAGCCAGUGGGACGCUAAGCUGGCAGGAACAGAGGAUGAGGAGGAGAGACAUUUCUCUAUGUUGCUGGAUAGCCUGGGGGCCAGUAAUGUGUUUGAGGAUCCAGGUGAGGUGCGAACUCUGUGGACCCAGCUCAGGCGAGUUGAGCCUCACCUCCUGUCCAACUUUGAGGAAUUCCUCUCCAGGGUCACCCACCAGAUCAAAGAAGCUCACCAAGAGAAAAAGGAGAUGGAGAGCGCCCUCCAGAGGAAAGCAGCGACGCACAACAGUGAGAUCCGUCAUUUAUAUGAAGAGAUGGAAGCACAGAUCAAAACUGAGAAAGACCGACUCCUUCUAAAGGACUCUGAGCGUCUCCAGGUUCACAGCCAGGAUCUGGAACGCCAACUGUUUUCAAAGGAGAAAGAACUGGAGCACCUUUUCCAGAACCAGAAAAGGUUAGAACUCCAAUACCACGUGCUGAGCAGUGAGAAACAGGAGAGCCUUGUGGAGAACCUCAACCUCAAGUUGACAAAUGACAAACUGUCCCAAGCGCUGGAGGCCACAAACCAGGAGCUGGCACUGGCCCAGGAACAGCUGAACCUCCUACAAGAGCAGGCAAGCCGGCUGAUCCAGGACAAGGAGAUAGAAAUGUACAGAGUGACUGAAGGACUGCAAAGAGAGAAACAAAGUCUCAUGAAGCACCUUGACCUGCUGAGAGAGAUGAAUAAAGAUUUAAAAGAUGAGCGAGAUAUGUGCUGCGCUGCGCCUCAGACCUCACUCCAGAAGCAGCAGCAGCAGAGAGCGAGUGUCGCCAACGCGUCUGACGUCAGCCAACCGGAAAAAAGUGAAGACGAUGCCUCUGCAACCACCACCAGUGCUGUCACAGGUCCAAAGCAGACCACCCUGAAGGAGAACUCCAGUUCAGUGAAGGACCGUUCCAUCUCAGCUCUUGUCAAAAUCCAAGAUGUGAAAUCAAAAGUCAAAAUGUCACCCAGCAAAAACAUUGGGCGAAAAGGGGAAGAGGAGGAGAAUUGGGACACCCCAUGUGAUGGGUGGCAACUCCGGCGAGUCAUCUCCAUCGAGGAGGACCAUCUGCCGGACCUGCUCCAACGUGAGCCCCAGCCGCUACUGCUUCAGCUCAGCGAGGGGCAGAGUGUCUUUGAAGCUGGUGUUGUCAUGGCAACAUGUCAUGCUGCUACCACACCCCCCAGUCAAAUUCCUCCAUCAACGGAAGCAACUCCACCAAGGAAAUCUGUCUUUACCAAAGGAAAGAGGACUCCCAUAUCUCCAAGAGGCCAGCCUGUCGGCAAGGAGGCGGACCAUAAACCAGCAGAGGGAGUUCUGUUUGGACCAGACCGCUUGUUUAAGGUUGUAUUGGUUGGAAACUCCAGCGUAGGCAAAACAUCCUUGCUACGCUCGUUCUGUCAGGGUUGGUUCCAUUCUGCUACCACGCCGACCGUAGGUGUUGAUUACAGUGUCAAAACAUUAAUCCUGAACAAUGUGCGGGUCGCCAUGCAGCUCUGGGACACAGCAGGACAGGAGAGGUAUCGCAGUAUAACCAAGCAGUUUUUCCGUAAGGCCGAUGGUGUGGUGGUGAUGUAUGACAUCACAGCGAAGGAGAGCUUCAAGGCCGUGAAAUCCUGGCUGGCUCAUGUGCAGUCCACUUCAGGAGAAGGCGUCCCAAUCCUCCUGCUGGGAAACAAAGUGGACAUGGGCGGGUCUAGGGAAGUGUUGUUCAAAGAAGCUGACCUCUUGGCUUAUGAAAACAAUCUGAUAUUUUAUGAGGUCAGUGCUUACACAAACCAGAAUGUGGCAGAGUCCUUCACGCGACUGGCCAGAGUGUUAAUGGAGCAGGAGGACAAGGUGAGAGACAAGACGGUUGUUCUCAAAGCGCAUCCUGGAAAGAAGAACUCCUGCUGCAGUUGAAGACCCAGAAAAGUUUACCAGCAGUUUUGGACAAUUCAGUUGCACUGUCUGAAAACAAAUGAUGAAUUUUUAUUUAUUUUUUUCUGACUGUCAUCAGAUCUCUUUGUAGAUUGAAACUGUUCCUUUAAUUGUUAAAGGUGACAUAUCAGUAUUAUUCUCAUAUUUGCAUCUCACACCAGGAACAUGAGGGCCCCUGUUGAACUGAAAAGAUCACCAAUAUCUUGUCUAAAGGUGCUCAUAUUUUACGUAAAUAAUACAUUUAUUAAAUCCUAACAUUUGAUAUUCUUUACUAACAGGGAAUUUUUCAGAAAUUAAAAUGUUACUCUGUUUGGUGUAAAAUAUUUUCGUCAUUUUAUGUUGAAAGCAAAAUAAAAUAAACCAUGUGGAA